AGUUUCGUUUGGCAUUAGUUGAUUAGAUCGUUGGCGAAAAUAAACCAAAUAAUUUAGUUGACAAUAUGAAAGUUCUGAUCGUUUUGGCCUUACUUGUAGCCGCUGUAGCGGCUUUGCCACAAUUUGGAUUUGGUGGUCCAGGAUUUGGCGGUGGUUUUGGUAGACCAGGAUUUGGUGGUGGUGGUUUUGGCGGAAAUCCAUAUGGAGGAUUUGGUGGCGGCCCCGGAUUUGGUGGCGGAUUUGGUGGUAGACCCGGAUUUGGAGGAGGAUACGGUGGUGGUCCAGGAUUUGGCGGAGGCUUUGGCGGUCGUCCCGGAUUUGGUGGCGGUCCUGGUUUUGGUGGCGGUCCUGGUUUUGGUGGUGGAUUUGGGGGCGGUCCCGGUUUUGGUGCUAGACCUAGCUUCGGUGGUGGUCCGGGCAGUUUUGGUGGUGCUCCUGGCGGUUUUGGCGGCAAUCCUGGCUUUGGUGGUGUCGGAGGAGGUGGUAGUUCUAGUGCUAAUGCUGGAGCAAAUGCUGGUUCCUCAGGCUUUGGUAAUUCUAAUGCUAAUGCUAAUGCCAACUCGAACAGUAAUGGUAUUGGUGGCUUUGGCGGUGGUGGAGCUUCUUCGGCUUCAGCUUCAGCAUCUGCAUCGGCAUCAGGCGGCAAUGGUUUUGGUGGUUUUGGCAACUCAAAUGCAAAUGCGAAUGCUAAUGCGAACUCAAAUUCGAACUUUUAAAUUGAAACUUUAAUUUAAGUGAACUAUGACUGAUACUCAUUAAUUUUCUUAAAAAUUUAAUAUUAAUAAAAAUAAUAUUCCUAAAAAAUUAAAAAAUAUGUGAAAAAAUUGCUAUGUUUUGAUUAUUCAUUUGAAAAUUUCGUUUGUCUUUUUUUAUAAAACUGAUAGAAAGUGUUAAGAAAUCAUAUGGGAAAUAGUUGUGAAACGAAAAUUAAUUUAUACCAAAUGAAAUAUAAAAACGCCACUGAAGUGAU